CAACUCCACCGUAGCGAGUGUGCGGUCUAAAGCGGAGGAUUUUGCACACCUUUCGUCUUUGGAGUGGACUAGUCUUUGCAGGAGACACUGGCAGAGGAGCAGCACUGCAUACAGACGUCCGCAGAGCUCGAAAACGUCCAUUCCGCAGGGUAGAGAGCAAAAGAGGAACCCCCGGAGAUAAUUAGGAAAAAGGGGGGCGGGUCACUUUGCCCUGGCGCAAAGCGAGAGUGUGUGUAGCUGAAAGGAGCAGCGGUUCUGUAGUCGGUUUGCAAGGAUCUUAGCCGUUCGGUGACACACGCAGGUCGUAAACACGCGCGUGUGUGGAGAGAGACGCAGCUACAAGACGGAUUGGGAAAGCAGAGUAGAGGAAGAGACGGAGAGAGUUUUGGAUGUCUACGCCGCAGAGUUCUCGCUAUCCUCGCCCGCUGCGAGCGACGCACGCACUGGGUACGGGGAACGCCAGUAGCAACGGGUCCAGUUCUCCGUCCCAGCAACCUGGCAGACGUUUCCCAACCUCCUCUACCUCCCCCUCCUCCCCCGCCGGGGCCGUGUCUGGGAGGCGAGCCGGACUCCCCGUGUCUCCCGACUCGCCCGGGUCUGGUCAGAACGAGAGAAUACUCGUGCCAAUACUCGUGCCACUAUCUGGAAGAGGUGAUGAGGAGGAAGAGGGGGAGGCUGAGAACAGAAGAAGAGCCAAUUCAUUGACAUCGCUGGCCGACCCAGGCUGUUGCUAUGGAAACUCGCCAUGGCAACGUGGAACCCAACUCGACCUGCCUUUGGCACCUGAGGGGGAGGGGGUGGGGGACGAAGCCGGGACCACUGAGGAACCACUCUUCCACUUCUUCUCCCACAAACGUUCCAGCUCAUGCUCCAAUGCCGACUCUCUCAAGAAAACGGUGCCGGUGCCAGCUGGUAGCAGGAGAGAACACGUCCACACGAGGAAGAGCAUCGAGGGUCUGAACCAGGAGGUCUCUUCUGUUCUUGAGGGGAUCCUCGUUAUCUCUCCCCACCAGCACCCAGAUGGGCACGUGGCUCCAACAGAACUCAUUCGCUCCGGCCGUCUGCAGUCUUCCCCACAUUGUGCCAUCCGAUUCUCCCCCUCCUCCCUCCCCUCCUCCCCCCUCCCCCAUUCCACACCCUCCCCCUCUGCACUGGCCACGCCCUCUAAACUACCUGACACACCCACAGGUUUUCCAUUGCCUUUCAACUCACCGUCUAUCUCCAAUCCAUCGUUUGCACGAGACCCUCCCGACGGAAUAGAACGCUGUCUCACCACAGAGAUAAAGCCCCUCUCAACUGAAAUCAUUCCCAUCGGUCCCGACAAGACAAAGGCCAAGAUUGUCUUCCAGAAGUCGUCCGCGUUCCUCCCCACAGCUCUCGCCAUCAACUCUGUCUCAUAGCAACUAUCACCAUAGCAGCAACUGCAUCAUUGCCAUAGUAACCACCCAGCUCAUUAUUGUGAUAUUGUGUUUGUCCCCCUUAUUAUGAAGAUUUAUCAAAGGUCA